AUGGAACUUAAACCACCCAUAGAAAAUAUACAACAUGCUGUGAUUGAUAUAUUUUCUAUCAAUGACGGAAAACUGUCAGUCGAACAACAGAUUGAGGUUUACGUCAACGAUUUAUUCAAUGUCAAAGAAAACAAGUCUAUAUCAUUGGAUGAAAUCCUGGAUGGCCUUCGCUAUGUGAUGGAUCACAGAAUCAAAGGCGGAUAUCAACCACACCUUGACCUGAACUUGAUGAAAAGACUGUCUGAAGGAUUGUUUUUGAAUAUGGGUCAUACAGAAGGUCAUCUUUUAAGAAAAAGGUCUACGGAUGCUGCUGAUGCUGCCUUCUUUUUGUUUGGUGAUUUUCUCGAAGAAGUUGAGGAGUUUCGAACUAUUAUUAGUGGGAUGGACAUUUCGGAUUUAAGACGCCAACUAAAAGUCCAUUAUCGUUGUCAACCUUACUCUACCAAAGAGCAAAAGCGUGGUGCGAUUGCCAUGAUCAUGCUAUUGACUCGCCAUUUUCCUAACCAAUUUGGGGAUUGGCGCGACCUAGUCAAAGAAAGCGAGCAGGACGAUAUGGAGAAGUUACUCAACUCUUCUCUCUCUGCUGAAGUGGAUCGUGAAGAAAAAUCAAAAAUGCCUCGUGCCCCCCAAGUGCCUCAAUUAAAACUACUACCUCCGCCUCAGGCAUUGUAUUUUGACAGAUCAGUUGAUAAACUGAUGGCUAUGUUUUCUCAGACGGACAAAGAGAAUGGGUUAUCAGAGUCUAUUGUUCCUGCUCUGCGAGAGCAGUACGGUUUAAACCAGCUGCCAAAGCCUCCACGCCCAAACCCGUUCAAGAUGCUCUGGGAGCAACUGACUGAUUUUAUGGUCCUGAUUUUGAUUGCUGCUGCUAUUGUUGAAGCUGCCGAAAAAGAGUUCGAUAGCAUGAUUGUUCUCCUGAUCGUAGUUGUAUUAAAUACGGUCAUUGGAUUUAGCCAAGAAUGGAAGGCAAGCAAAACGCUGAAUGCUCUUAUGAACUUAUCUGUGCCUCAGGCAAAAGUCAUUCGUGAUGGACAACAAAAAUAUGUCGAGUCGGAAGAACUUGUACCUGGUGACUUGGUUAUUCUUGAAGAAGGUGACGCUGUUCCUGCUGAUAUUCGGCUGAUUGAAGUGUCUCAGCUGGGUGUUGUAGAAGGCAUUCUGACUGGCGAAAGUGUCCCUGUACAAAAGAAUACGAACGCCAUCAAAGCAAAAACUCGUAAAAUACCUUUGGCAGAUUGUAAAGGCAAUGUCUUUAUGUCUACAACCGUGGCCCGUGGCAGAGCCAAAGGCAUUGCCGUGAGAACAGGAACAAAAACUGAAAUCGGUAAAAUCAGUACAGCAAUUCAGAAAGAUGCCAAGAAGAAAGUCAAGACGCCUAUUCAAAAGAAACUGACAAAACUAGGUCGUUAUUUAGUUGGCCUGGCUAUUCUACUUUGUGCAUUGGUUGUAAUAAUUGGAGUUGCAUGGAAGAAAAAUGUGAAAGAUAUGAUUAACAUAGGCUUAAGCUUGGCAGUUUCUGUUAUACCUGAAGGUCUAGUUGCUGUUACAACAGUGACCAUGGCAUUGGGGGUGAGACGUAUGGCAGCAAAUAAAUGUAUUGUCAGAACUCUUCCCGCAGUCGAAUCUUUGGGAAGUGUUACGGUUAUCUGUUCAGAUAAGACCGGCACACUAACCGAGGGAAAGAUGGGAACAGCCGAGUUGUGGACAACCGAUAAUUCACUCUACAAGUUCACUGACUCUACUUCUCUAAAUCCUAAUGAUGGUGAAAUCAUUCUAGAGCCCCACGAACUACGUCGACGUAUGAUACAUACGAGACAUACCGUAUCGCCUAAUCCAAAUCAGUAUCACUCUCCGAACGAUUACGCAGCUAUGAAACCAAAAUCCAUUGACACUGACCACCCCGAAAACUACAGUUGUCAGUUCUACUACGCCCUUAUGGUCGCAGGUCUGUGUAACAAUUCGUCUAUUCGUAAGGAUGAAGAAACUGGCGAAUUGAAAACUAUCGGAGAUCCAACUGAAGUUGCCCUUACCGUCGCUACACAAAAGGCACGUCUCAGCCGCGAUUAUUGGGUAGAUCAGUUAGGCUUUACAAAGAUGUUUGAGCGAGCAUUUGACAGUGAACGCAAGCUGAUGAGCACUAUCUACUCUCAAAGUAGAAAUGACACUUAUAAUGCAGUGGUUGGUAAUGAUGAAAUGAUUAUGGUAUGCAAAGGUGCUCCCGAGGAACUACUACGAAAGUGCAUACGUUACAUGCCCAACGAAACGCAAAAGAAUACCCAUGAGCGCUCAUGGCUCGAAAUGACAGAUGAGUUUGCCUCACAGGUUCAGGACGAGAAUGUACGAAUGGCAUCCCAAGGUCUUCGUGUCCUAGGUUUAGCUUACAAAGUGAUACCCACCCAAUAUAUACCCAAGGAUGAACAGGAGGCGACAGAAGCACUGUCAUCGUCCUCGUCCUCGUCAUCGUCUCAGAAUAAUCACUUAGCUGAGUCUGACCUUACAUUUGUUGGCCUUGUUGGAUUAAUUGAUCCUCCAAAGCGAGGCGUGAAAGAAGCUGUGGCUACCUGUCAGGAAGCAGGUAUUCAUGUUGUCAUGAUUACAGGAGACCAUAUCGAAACAGCCACUGCUAUUGCAACACAGCUUGGCAUUGUUAAACCCGAUAUACCCGGAAUGAAUCGUGCUAUCCUUGGCCGAGAAUUAGACUUGCUUUCUGAUGAUGCAAUCAUUGCUCUCGAUCCUUUUCCUAGUGUGUUUGCUCGUGUCAGCCCUGAUAAUAAGCUGUCAAUUGUACGUGCUUUACAAAAGCGUGGAGAACUCGUUGCCAUGACAGGCGACGGUGUCAAUGAUGCACCUGCUAUUAAGCGAGCAGAUGUUGGUGUUGCCAUGGGCCAAGCAGGCACCGAAAUUACGAAACAAGCAGCUGAUAUAGUCUUGGUUGAUGAUAACUUUACUAAUAUUGUAGACGCUGUUGAAGAAGGAAGACAUGUGUUUGAUAACAUUUUAAAGUUUAUUGUCUACCUUUUAAGCUGUAACGGCGCAGAAAUAUUCUUGAUGUUGAUUUGUACCAUUGCAAAUAUUGAAGUACCCUUAACGGUUAUGAUGAUUUUAUGGGCCAACAUUAUAGCUGACAUCCCUCCUGCUAUGGCCCUGGGUGUUGAACCAAAUGAGAAGGAUCUUAUGCGCAGACCACCACGAAACCCCAAGAUGGGUGUGCUUACAUUAGUUACCUGGCUCAUGAUUUUUACUAAUUCCAUGUUGAUCGCUUUGUUUUCCUUGGGCGCUUACUUGAUAAGCCUUGAUGUCCUAAAAAUGCCAGUCCCUGUAGCACAGUCAAUGUUGAUCCAUUCAUUUAAUGUUAGAAGUGUGCAUCAAUCCAUUUUUAAAACAGGCAUCACUCGUAAUCGAUGGAUGAUCUUUGCCUUUUUGAUUUCAUUUGGGUUGAUGAUCAUUGGUAUUUAUGCACCAGGAAUAUCCCAUUGGUUACAGUUAACAUCAGUAGGAUGGCAAUCGUGGGUUAUGACAAUCUCUUGUGUGGUAUUCCUGAUUGGAAUUGUAGAAACAGAAAAAUGGAUUAUUAGAGUAUGGAAUGCACGAUAUUAG